GCCGGCCCGGCCAUGGGCGCCCGCGGCGGCCGGGCGGCUGAGGCGCGGAGCCGGCCGCCGGGGCCUUUGUGAGCGGCACGGACAACAAAGGCGCGGCCGGAGCGGGCUCCUGAGACUCAGAGAGGUUAAGCAGCUUGCUUGAGGUCACACAGCAUAACAGGGCAUCCAGGCUGGGACUGGGCCCCUGAGGAAAGUGGCCCAAGUCUCAGGGGCAGAAGCAGGGUGGCGAGCAGCUGGGUUGGUGCCGGUCUGAGCUGGACUUUGUCUGAUGGCUUCCUCCGACCCCCCUCCACAGGCUGCCACAGGGGAUCAGCUGCUUCCUGAAGGAGGCCUAGGCCCCUCCUCAGAGGCGGAGGACGACCCUGGAGAGGCCUUUCAGUUUGACGACAGUGACGAUGACGAGGACACCAGCGCUGGCCUGGGCGUCCCAAGCGUUGUUGCUCCAGAGAAGGAUGCAGAUGCCCCACUGAUCCACUUGGACUCCGCCCCUGUCACUGACCCAGACCCAGCGGCCGCGCCGCCCCAGACGCAGGUGCCGGCCGUGGUGAGCAAUGGAGAUGCUGUGGACGCAGCUUUGCCCGGGGUCCGGCGCUCCAGCUGGAAGCGGAAGAGCUCCCGUCGAAUCGACCGCUUCACUUUCCCUGCCCUGGAAGAAGAUGUGAUUUACGACGACGUCCCGUGUGAGAACCUGGAUGCCCUUCAGCCCGGGGCGGAGAGGAACCUGCUCUACGAGGACGUGCACCGGGACGGGGCGCCCCGGGAGACGGAGGACCUGGGCUGGAGCUCCAGCGAGUUCGAGAGCUACAGCGAGGACUCAGGGGAGGAGGCCAAGCCCGAGGCAGAGCCCGCCAAGCACCGAGUGUCCUUCCAGCCCAAGCUUUCUCCAGACCUGACUAGGCUAAAGGAGAGAUACGCCAGGACUAAGAGAGACAUCUUGGCUUUAAGAGUUGGGGGGAGAGACAUGCAGGAGCUGAAGCACAAGUACGAUUGUAAGAUGACCCAGUUCAUGAAGGCCGCCAAGAGCGGGACGAAGGACGGGCUGGAGAAGACUCGGAUCGCUGUCCUGCGAAAAGUGUCCUUUCUGCACAGGAAAGACGUCCUUGGUGACUCGGAGGAGGAGGACAUGGGGCUCCUGGAGGUCAGCGUUACGGACAUCAAGCCCCCGGCCCCGGAGCUGGGCCCCAUGCCAGAUGGCCUGAGCCCUCAGCAGGUGGUCCGGAGGCACAUCCUGGGCUCCAUCGUGCAGAGUGAGGGCAGCUACGUGGAGUCUUUGAAGCGGGUGCUCCAGGAUUACCGCAACCCCCUGAUGGAGAUGGAGCCCAAGGUGCUGAGCGUCCGCAAGUGCCAGGUGGUGUUCUUCCGCGUGAAGGAGAUCCUGCACUGCCACUCCAUGUUCCGGAUCGCCCUGUCCUCCCGCGUGGCGGAGUGGGACUCCACCGAGAAGAUCGGGGACCUCUUCGUGGCUUCGUUCUCGAAGUCCAUGGUGCUAGACGUGUACAGCGACUACGUGAACAACUUCACCAACGCCAUGUCCAUCAUCAAGAAGGCCUGCCUCACCAAGCCCGCGUUCCUCGAGUUCCUCAAGCGGCGGCAGGUGUGCAGCCCCGACCGCGUCACGCUCUACGGGCUGAUGGUGAAGCCCAUCCAGAGGUUCCCGCAGUUCAUCCUCCUGCUUCAGGACAUGCUGAAGAACACCCCCAGGGGCCACCCGGACAGGCUGUCGCUGCAGCUGGCCCUCACGGAGCUGGAGACGCUGGCUGAGAAGCUCAACGAGCAGAAGCGGCUGGCCGACCAGGUGGCGGAGAUCCAGCAGCUGACCAAGAGCGUCAGCGACCGCAGCAGCCUCAACAAGCUGUUGACCUCGGGCCAGAGGCAGCUGCUCCUCUGUGAGACGCUGACGGAGACCGUCUAUGGUGACCGUGGGCAGCUGAUCAAGUCCAAGGAGCGCAGGGUCUUCCUGCUCAAUGACAUGCUGGUCUGUGCCAACAUCAACUUCAAGCCUGCCACCCACAGGGGCCAGCUGGAGAUCAGCAGCCUGGUGCCCCUGGGGCCCAAGUACGUGGUGAAGUGGAACACGGCGCUGCCGCAGGUGCAGGUGGUGGAGGCCGGCCAGGAGGGCGGCUCCUACGACAAGGACAACGUGCUCAUCCAGCACGCUGGCGCCAAGAAGGCCUCUGCCUCGGGCCAGGCCCAGAAUAAGGUGUACUUCGGUCCCCCGAGACUCUUCCAGGAGCUGCAGGACCUGCAGAAGGACCUGGCCGUGGUGGAGCAGAUCACCCUCCUCAUCAGCACGCUGCACGGCACCUACCAGAACCUGAACAUGACGGUGGCUCAAGACUGGUGCCUGGCCCUGCAGAGGCUGAUGCGGGUGAAGGAGGAGGAGAUCCACUCGGCCAACAAGUGCCGCCUCAGGCUCCUGCUUCCCGGGAAACCCGACAAGUCCGGCCGCCCCAUCAGCUUCAUGGUGGUCUUCAUCACCCCCAACCCCCUGAGCAAGAUCUCCUGGGUCAACAGGUUGCACUUGGCCAAGAUUGGACUCCGAGAGGAGAACCAGCCGGGCUGGCGCUGUCCAGACGAGGACAAGAAGAGCAAAGCCCCGUUCUGGUGCCCGACCCUGGCCUGCUGCACCCCCGCCUUCUCCUCCCGGGGCCUCAGCCUGCAGCUUGGGGCGCUGGUCCACAGUCCUGUCAGCUGCCCCCUGCUGGGCUUCUCGGCGGUCAGCACCUCCCUCCCGCAGGGCUACCUCUGGGUCGGGGGCGGGCAGGAGGGCGCCAGCGGCCAGGUGGAGAUCUUCUCCCUGAACCGGCCCUCGCCCCGCACGGUCAAGUCCUUCCCGCUGGCGGCCCCCGUGCUCUGCAUGGAGCACAUCCCGGAGCCGGAGGAGGGGGAGAGCGGAGACAGAGAUGGAGACGAGGGCCACCCGGCCCCCGACCCCUCGGCUGCGGCGCACCCGGCCAUCUGCCUGGGGCUCCAGGACGGCAGCAUCCUGGUCUACAGCAGCGUGGACACGGGCACCCAGUGCCUGGCGACCUGCCGGAGCCCCGGCCUGCAGCCCGUGCUCUGCCUGCGGUGCAGCCCCUUCCACCUGCUGGCCGGCCUGCAGGACGGGACCCUCGCCGCCUACCCUCGGACCGGCGGAGACGUCCCCUGGAACCUGGAGAGCCCCGCCGUGUGCUUGACCGUGGGGCCAGGGCCCAUCCGCACGCUGCUGAGCCUGGAGGACGCUGUGUGGGCCAGCUGUGGGCCUCGGGUCACCGUCCUGGAUGCCGCCAGCUUGCAGACCCAGCAAAGCUUCGAGGCGCACCAGGAUGAGGCCGUGAGCGUGACGCACAUGGUGAAGGCGGGCAGCGGCGUCUGGAUGGCCUUCUCCUCCGGCUCCUCCAUCCGCCUCUUCCACACGGAGACGCUGGAGCACCUGCAGGAGAUCAACAUCGCCACCAGGACCACCUUCCUCCUGCCAGGCCAGAAGCACCUGUGUGUCACCAGUCUCCUGAUCUGCCAGGGCCUGCUCUGGGUGGGCACUGACCAGGGUGUCAUUGUCCUGCUGCCCGUACCUCGGCUGGAAGGCAUCCCCAAGAUCACAGGGAAAGGCAUGGUCUCCCUCAACGGUCACUGUGGGCCCGUGACCUUCCUGGCUGUGGCUACCAGCAUCUUGGCCCUGGACAUCCUGCGGAGUGACCAGGAAGAGGCCGAGGGCCUGGAGGACAAGCCGGACGGGCAGGCCCCCGAGCCAGCGCCCGCGCCCCCGAGCCACGUGGGCCGAGAGCUGACCCGCAAGAAAGGCGUCCUCCUGCAGUACCGCCUGCGCUCCACGGCCCACCUCCCCGGCCCGCUGCUCUCUGUGCGGGAGCCCGCGCCCGCCGACGGCUCGGCCCUGGAGCACAGCGAGGAGGACGGCUCCAUCUACGAGAUGGCCGACGACCCCGACGUGUGGGUGCGCAGCCGGCCCUGCGCCCGCGAUGCCCAUCGCAAGGAGAUCUGCUCCGUGGCCAUCAUCUCGGGCGGCCAGGGCUACCGGAACUUCGGCAGCGCCUCGGGCGUGGGCGGGAGGCCGGCCCCGUGCGGGGAGACGGACAGCACCCUCCUCAUCUGGCAGGUGCCCUUGACGCUAUAGCCCCCACCCAGGAGCACGGCCCCCUACCCAGGGGCAUGGCUGCAGCCACGCUGGGCUCUCAGGCUCUCGGGCCAUCGGCUGUCCGCCCUCCGGGGCUCUUCGGCCGUCCAGGGUCCCCCAGGGAGUGCAGGUGGAGUCAGUCACCUUCCAGGGACCCACACGGGGCCACGAGGACGGCCCUGGGUCUCCAGUAGCUGUCUUGGCAGAGCAGAGAAAAACCUCUUCUUUUUUAGGGGAAAAAAAAUGUUUUUAGAGUGUUUGGGGAAGGGGUCUAGGUUGGUGGAGAGGAAAGACUCCCCUGGAGGAAAUGGCCUUUUUGAAAACAAAACGCAAAACCUCACAACUGCCUGGCAAGCCCCGCGCCUCCUGCCUGGGCCGAGCGGGGCCCCGAGGCAGCCACGCGCCCCUCCCGGGGGAGAGCGUGCGGGCUGGUGUGUGAAUAUAUAUAAAUACGUAUAUAUGGUGUAUAUUAUCUCUGUAUAAAUAAAGUCUGUACAUAUUGGAGCUGCGGGGGAUGCUGGAAUAAAGGGCGAGGAUAA